AUGGAUUCCCAGCCCCGGUCAUUGCCUAUUCAUCCUAUUGACAAAUAUGGGCCUAAAUUUGUCGAGAAGGCUGAUAAGAUACAUCGCGUCAGUAUGAAGGAAGAGUCAAAGCCUGCCGGAGGAUUCGAUGCCACUCCCAUCCCUCAUGCCCCGCCAGGCUACACCCUCAAGAUCACUUUCCAUCGCGCAGCGGAUUUGCCCAUCGCGGAUUUUGGCAGUUUCUCUUCCGACCCCUAUGUCUCCGCGCACAUGAUAGUCGACCUGCCAAGGCGCCAUAAACAAGACCCCGUCAUGCGCUUUCGCACCCCGACCGUACGCAAGGACAUGAACCCAACCUGGGAAUGUGAGUGGAUUGUCGCAAAUGUCCCCGCCUCAGGGUUUCAGUUGAAAUGUCAUCUCAUGGACGAGGACCCCGCGGAUCACGAUGAUAAGCUGGGAAUCGCUUUCAUCGACAUUCCUACCCUCUCGGAGAACUGGGAAGGCUUCAAGGAAAAGUCAUUUAAGGUCAAAAAACGCUUUGGGAGUAAGCGUGUCUAUGUCUUUACUAAUAUCUCUGCGUUUGCGACUGGUCACCAGAAGGAGUCUUGGUUGGUGGUCAGUAUCGAAUGCCUCGGCAAGACCCCUGGCACCGAGGGGGGUCAUAUGUACACCAUCGGUCCCAACCAUUGGUUCAAGCAUUUUUCUCCGAUGAUCGGACGGCUAGCUGGCAUCAAGGACCAGGUCCAAAGCAAAGAUGGCAGUGGCUCUAUUAGCCGUUACAAUUUUCAAGCGAUUCAGAUGCAGCUCACAGGCCCCAUACCUGCAGAGUUAUAUCAUCGCUAUGUAGAGUUCAAACCAUUCGUGGCGGGAAUGUUCCAGUCGCAGAGUCUACGAGGGCGUAUCCUGCAUAAGGCCCUCCAUCACCAGCACCAGCGCAUCUACAAUUUUGAUCGCACUACCUUGCACGGGUCCUUCCAGACGCCUUGCCGUGAAUUCUCCCAGAAGUUCUUGGAGUUUGCGCACUAUGGCCAAGGUGGACGGAUUUUCACCUACGUGCUCACCUUGGACGGGCAACUCCGGUUUACCGAGACCGGGAAAGAAUUUGGUAUCGAUAUGCUGAGCAAGCACACCAUGCACAGUGAUGUGUCUAUCUAUAUCGCGUAUUCGGGGGAAUUCUUUCUUCGGCGGCGUAAGCAUCGUCAUCGUCGUAACUCUCCGGAAGGGCGUGCGGAGCGAGCAAAGAAUGCAGAGAAUGCAGAGAAUGCAGCAUCAAGCACAGUGCCCACACACGAGUUCCCCGUGGAGGAAGAUGAGGACCACAAUGAGGGUGAGGAUCUCGGUCAAACCGAAGAAGGGACCCCUAUCUCGACCGAUCCAGCGGACUAUGAACUCUUUAUUGAUAACGAUAGUGGGACCUACCGUCCUAACGCGGAGAAGCUACCACUGCUUCAGGAGUUUAUGUCCUCCAACUUCCCCGGUCUCCAUGUUACGACUCUGGACUGUCAGGCGGAUGCCGAACGAAUGGGAAAAUUGAAGGACGAGCAGCGCGACUUCAAGAAGAACGCAGGCAAUGUCAUUAUGUACCUACAGCAAAGCAGCGCGUCUUCCCUGUCGAUCUCCAGCUCGGAAGAGGAAGAGCUCAACGAGCGCAGCGGUCAAGCCAAGCAACGAGGAGAUCUUUCUCGACGAGUCCACGAGAUGCGCGAUCUACGAGGACAGGUAAUGCGGUGGGUAGAAGCGGAUGAGAAGCCCGAUGGUCAUAAGCACAAGCAUCGGUACUUUUCUAGCCGUGAGCGCGCCGUGUCGACUGGUGCGAUCAGCACUGACCGGACCAAUCAACUUGCGACCUGA